UGGCCACCGAACCCCACCACCCACUGCUCGUCCGACAAGCCGUCUCACCGUUGAGCCCGACGAGCUGUCUUGCCGUCCGCGCCGCCGUGAGGCACCGCCGCCGUCCCCAAGCCACCGUCACCACCUCUUGCUGCCGCUUGCUCGGCCGUCCGGGCCGUUGUUGCUCCGAACCGUCACCACCUCCGCCCGAACCCGGAACCUGUUAGGUUAAGCCCCAAAUUAAUUUACCCUAGUCUCAGUUCCCACUUUCACUUCGCACUUCCUCUCUGUCUCUGCCCGACGUUGCUCACUAUGCUCCGUGCUCGCCCUCGACGAGUUCCUCGACGAAUCUCCACACGGAGUCGGGCCUCAAGUCCCUCGACGAGUUCCUCUCCGGCAAGACCUACAUCUCCGGGUAAAGCUCGUCUACAAGAAGCCGGCGAAGAAGACGACCGCAUCCCCAUCUUCGUCGGCUCGGAGGACCUCGCGUGGAACCAUGUAUCAUCCCACCAGAGGCAGCGUUCGCGGUGGCAAAGAUCGAGGAGAUGCAGAGGACGAAUCUGGAGCUGGAGUCGUAUAAGGAGAAUAUAAAGGAGAAUCAAGAGAAGAUUAAGCUCAACAAGCAACUCCCUUACUUAGUCGGCAGUAUUCUACUCUUUAAUGUUUAAUGUAUGCUUCUGCUUUGGGCAGGAUGCAAGGAUAUUGAUGAUGCCCUGCACUAUACAGCCCUUUCCAAUGGAAAUUUUGAAGUGGAUAGCAAAUAUGGGAAGGACAUGGAUAGAUAUGAAGAAUACAGUAAAGCAGUACCAGCAAUGUUGGUGGCUGCUUUCACUCUCUCUUUUGUGACAAAGCUCAACUUGCAGGAGAAUAUGCACUUGAUAGAUUAUGUCAUUGCAAGCGAAUGGGUUCAACCUCAGUGGCUGAAAUUUUUGUUUGCCUUGCUUUAUAACCUCAGCAUCCUCUUUUACAGGAAUAAGCAAGUAGAAGAGGAGCAAGGAUUUGUAAGGAAUGGACAUGCUGAUAAAUGGGAAAGGGUUCACCAAAUUCGAGAUAAGUUUGAAUAUGAUAGAGAGAAUCUGUGCAAAAAGAUGGCUCCUCUUGUUACGUUACUCUCUGCAGAACCAGAGAUACAGUAUGUUGCCUUAAGAAAUAUCAACCUCAUUGUCCAAAGGCGGCCUACUAUUCUCGCCCAUGAAAUUAAGGUGUUUUUCUGCAAGUACAAUGACCCAAUUUAUGUGAAGAUGGAGAAGUUAGAAAUCAUGAUAAAGCUUGCUUCGGACAAAAAUAUUGACCAGGUUCUGCUGGAAUUCAAGGAGUGUGCUACAGAAGUAGAUGUCGAUUUUGUUAGAAAGGCAGUCCGUGCUAUUGAUCGCUGUGCAAUCAAGUUGGAGAGAGCAGCAGAGCGAUGCAUCAGUGUUUUGCUGGAGCUGAUUAAGAUUAAAGUCAAUUAUGUGGUUCAAGAAGCCAUUAUUGUUAUUAAGGACAUAUUCAGAAGAUAUCCUAACAUCUAUGAGUCCAUCAAUGCUACCCUAUGUGAGAGCUUAGACACUCUUGAUGAGCCGAGAGGCCAAGGCAUCAAUGAUUUGGAUUAUUGGUGA